CCCGUGUGCCCGCAGUCGACGCGGGCAGUGUACGAGCGCAUCCUGGACCUGCGCAUCGCCACCCCCCAGAUCGUCAUCAACUACGCCCUGCUGCUCGAGGAGCACGGCCGCUUCGAGGACAGCUUCAAGGCAUAUGAACGUGGCAUCGCCCUGUUCCGGUGGCCGCACGUGGGUGACCUGUGGCUCACGUACCUGUCCAAGUUCGUGGCGCGUUACGGGGGCCGGAAGCUGGAGCGGGCGCGGGACCUGUUCGAGCAGGCACUGGACGGGUGCCCCCCCCAGCACGCCAAGACCAUCUACCUGCUGUACGCGCGGCUGGAGGAGCAGUUCGGGUUGGCACGCCGGGCCAUGGGCGUGUACGACAGGGGCACCCGGGCCGUGCCCCCCGAGCAGCAGCGGGACAUGUUCCACAUCUACAUCCGCCGGGCGGCCGAGCUCUUCGGGGUCACCCACACCCGGCCCAUCUACCAGCGAGCCAUCGAGGUGCUGGGGGACGACGCGGCGCGGGAGCUGUGCCUGCGCUUCGCCGACAUGGAGUGCAAGCUGGGCGAGGUGGAUCGGGCCCGGGCCAUCUACACCUACUGCUCCCAGAUCUGCGACCCCCGGAUCACGGGCAGCUUCUGGCAGACGUGGAAGGAGUUUGAGAUCCGUCACGGCAACGAGGACACGAUCCGGGAGAUGCUGCGGAUCAAGCGCAGCGUCCAGGCCACCUACAACACCCAGGUCAACUUCAUGGCCUCCCAGAUGCUCAAGGCCUCGGGCAGCGCCACUGGCACAGGUCAGAGG